AUGGGUUGUUGUGAAGCUUGCUAUGGUUCAUUACGGGGAGGCAGACGACGAAGGCGGGUACUCGCCAUACGCCCCCCACUCCUCCUUCACGCUGCCCCCACCGACGCCGAGGACGCAUAUAAGUCAUUUCACGGGGCACUUGUUCUUGGAGAUAAUCAAUGGUUCAUCCCCCACUGCUAUGGGGAUGCAGAGCUCUUUAAGCACUUCCGUACUGGGUAUGUUGAGGCUGGAAAUGCUAUUCUAAAGGAGAAGGAAUGGGUCGGGAAGUUUGACUUGGAGAUGUCGGAGGAUAUCACCCUCUACCACGGUUGCCCCAUGGACGCGGCUGAAGCUGUCAUGAACGCAUGA